AUGACGAUCACCGGACUCCCCGGCGUCUACAGCCUCCUAGCACUGUUGAUCCUUAUCGCAUCGGGCUCACUUGCGACGCCAACGGUGAUACGGUCGCAACAUCACCCUGGCGUCAAAGUCACGUACAAGCAGGUAAUGCAUACAGUCUCGUUACCAGUGUGCCAGGGACGCUGGGCUGGCACACACAUUUGCGAAACGACCCCCUUCGUCCGCUCCUAUGCCGGGUACAUCACCCUGCCAGCUUCCCUGGACCCCGUCUCCCAGCCCUACGAAGCCAACCUCUUCUUCUGGUUCUUCGAGGCCCGCAGCAACCCCCACACGGCACCCCUGACCCUCUGGCUGCAGGGCGGGCCGGGCCUGGGCAGCACGGUGCAGGCCGUGUCGGGCCACAACGGGCCGUGCAUCGUGCAGCCGGACUCCAACAGUACGGUGCCGAACCCGUGGAGCUGGAACGGCGUCUCCAACAUGCUGUACAUCGACCAGCCCGUGCAGACGGGCUUCUCGUACGACAGCAUCCACCACGGUUUCAUGGACAUGCUGACGGGCGACGUCGACGUCUCCCAGUCCCCGGUGCCCCCGGCCAGCUGGACGGUGCGGUCCGGGAAGUUCGGCAGCCAGGAUCCGGGCCGGAGCGCGAACACCACGGCUCUUGCCGCGACAGCGGUCUCGCACUUCUUGGAGGCGUGGUUCCAGGAGUUUACCCAGUAUAAGCGAAACAGCAUCAAUAUCUGGUCGCAGUCAUAUGGCGGCCAUUUCGCACCGGCUAUCGCCACGGCCCUCGCCGGCAAGAAGAAGAGGUGCCCUUCACCUGGCGGGAGUCACAACGGUCCUCCUCCCCCUCCUCCUUUUACUAUCAAGGUCGACUCGGUCGGUAUCAUCAACGGCCUUAUUGAUCCCCUCAACCAGAUUGGCUCCUUCCCCAACUUCGCGGUCAACAACACGUACGGCAUCAAGGCGUACGACGACAGCGUGGCCGCGCAGAUCGCCGAGGAGUUCGCCCAGCCCGGCGGCUGCAGAGACCAGGCCCAGUACUGCCUGCAGCUGCAGGCGGCCUCCGACCCGGACAACCACGGCAACAACGAGACCGUCAACGGCGUCUGUCUAGUGGCGUUCGCCGGGUGUUGGGAGAACGUGUACGGGCCGUACGAGGCCUUUUCGGGGCGGAACCCCUUCGACAUCGGCCACCUGGUGCCUGAUUCUUUCCCCCAUCCGUACGCGGUCGGCUUCUUGAACAACGAGUGGGUUCAGAAGGCGCUGGGCGCAAAGAUCAACUACACCGAGCCCCAGAACGCCGUCGGGAACACCUUCGUCGUGACAGGCGACUACGUCCGCGCGUACAAAGCCGACCUGGGCAAGCUGCUCGACGCCGGCGUGAAGGUGGCCUUGAUACACGGCGACCGCGACUUCCGAUGCAACUGGUUCGGCGGCGAAGCAGUCUCCCUCUCGAUCCCGCACUCCCACUCCGCCGCCUUCGCGUCCGCCGGCUACGCCAACAUGGUCGUGCCCGGCAGCAGCGGCGUCGCCGGCGUCGUCCGGCAGCACGGCCUCCUCUCCUUCAGCCGCGUCUUCCAGGCCGGGCACGAGGUCCCCUACUACCGCCCCUCGGCGGCGCAGUCCGUCUUCGCGCGCACGGUCCUGGGCCGCGACGUCGCGACCGGAAACCACGCCGUCGCGGUAAAUGAGUACUCGACCAGCGGGCCGGCCGACGUGAGGGGCUUGGCGAGCGGGCGCGCCACGCCGCCUCAAGGACCCGCCGAGUGCUAUGUCGACGCGGCGCCGCUGGGGAAGAGGUGCUCCGAUGGGCAAAUUGCUGCGCUGGUGGAUGGGAGCGCGGUUGUUGUUGGGAGGGUUGUUGUUAGUCCGGCGUCGUGA